GGCGUGGCCUGAUCUGCGGUUGGUCGGGUGGCGUGAGUCAACUGCGCAAUCGCCCUGCGUUUAACUGCACUCGGGACUCGGCGCGCGCGUGUGUCUGUUCUCUCCAUCGUCAUGGCCGCCGACAUCAGCCAGUGGGCCGGGCCGCUGUCACUACAGGAGGUGGAUGAGCCGCCCCAGCACGCCCUGAGGGUCGACUACGGCGGAGUAACGGUGGACGAGCUGGGCAAAGUGCUGACGCCCACCCAGGUCAUGAAUAGACCAAGCAGCAUUUCAUGGGAUGGCCUUGAUCCUGGGAAGCUCUACACCCUGGUCCUCACAGACCCCGAUGCUCCCAGCAGGAAGGACCCCAAAUUCAGGCCAGUCGGGGGAAAGGUGGGGAGAGGGUAUCACCCAGAUAUACUUAAUCUGGUGGAAGUCCCUGCUGGACAGGGCUGCAUAGACCUCCCGGGGUUACAGUUGGUUUGUAGUGCUGGGGAGACAGCCUCAGCCCCAGGAAUGGGGUCUCUUGGCGUGCAGCCCUCAUGCGUGCUUGUGCUCCCUAGUGUAUCAUCUGCCAGUUGCAGCCCGGCCGUGGAGGACCCUAGGUGUACCCCGCCUUCGUUUGGUGCUCAAAGCCCUUGUUCUCUUCUCUGCAGGGAGUGGCACCACUUCCUGGUGGUCAACAUGAAGGGCAACGACAUUAGCAGUGGCACUGUCCUCUCCGAAUACGUGGGCUCCGGACCUCCCAAAGACACAGGUAAGGAAAGGCUGCCUUAAGGAGGGCUGAUCGGGGAAUCUGGGUGGGAGUUGGGAUGGCCCCGGGGCACCACAGGGUUCCUUCCAAGCCUGACCGUAAGGAAGACAGAAGCCUGCUUGCUUUCCCCCUCAGGCAAGUCUUUUCUGGAACAGUGAGCUUGUAGGAUUGUGAUGGCUAGAAGUUGGUUCUGAUGGGGUGGGCCCUCUGUAGAGCUUCUUUUGAAUGCCUGGAGAGAUGUGCUGUCUGUAUGUGAUUUCCGGUGCAUCUGAAACAUCAAAGCCAGGGCUCACACUAGGCAAGCUCUCUGUCACUGGGCUGGAGUGGGUUUCGGGGGGCUCUGUGUGGGCCAGAUGAAGUUGAGCCCCCUCUGUUCUCUGCUUUGUGUGAUCCUGUAAAUAGGAAGCAAACACUUUUCAUACUAAUGCCGAAGAUUGCCUUUUAUAUUUCUUUAUAACUCUCCCUUUCUCCCCAUAAUGUGGCCAGGCACUUUGAAAAGAUGUGGAAGACUGUAGUGAGCCACAUUGAACACUCUCUCUCUCUCUCUCUCUCUCGCUCUCUCUCUCUCUCGCUCUCUCGCUCUCUCGCUCUCUCGCUCUCGCUCGCUCGCUCGCUCUCUCUGACAGUGUGUUGUGUUGCCAUGGAAUGUGAGAGUCAAGGCCCACAAUGCUCCCCAAGUCUCAUAAGCACCCCUGAAGCGGUGGGGGACACAGUUACUGCUGGUUGCUUGUAACAUGCUGUUCCCUUUCACUGGAACAAGGCCACCUUGAUGGUGGGAUGUGCCUGGCCGAAUGCCCACUUCUGUGCAUUGUCUGCCAAGAAGAACUGGAAUAAUGAGUGUCCAGUAAGGACGAGGACCAUUGCUCUUGGCUCACUGUGUGUUUGGAGGCCCAGAAGCUUCCAGACUCGUUCAAGGCCUCUCAGUAUUCAUAGGCAUAAAGAGAUAAGUUUCCUGGGGACUCUUUCAGGUCUCCAGGGCACCUACAGAAGCAGGUGAUUUAAUUACAGGCAGAAGACAGUGGGGAGUAGAGCCAUUCCCUGGAGUCGAGCUGUGCUCUGCUUUGAAGAAUAAAACUCAGAUGUGGAAGAUUUAGCUUGCAUGAUAAAUGGAUGGGUCGGAGGGUUUCAGGCAGAGGAUUUGAGGGGCACACAUCUGGACACUCCAGGAGGAUGAAAGCUCUUUCCUGUCCCUGCCGCUCCCCUGGGGCUUAGCAUUUUCUGACAUGGUCUCCAUGGGUCGCUUUGGGUCCCAUGCUUCUCUGGGCACAGUGGGCAGGGUGUGUUACCUGGUUACCCGAUUCUGGCUUGGGUUAUGAGUUCGGUUCCUUUAAUUAGUCUUCCCUGUGCCAGUGUGCUGCACGGUUGAGCCUUCCUCUUGCUGGGUCCGUGGGCUGCAGCCCGGAUGUGGGUGUUCUGAAGAGAGCCACUGUGUGCCUCCUAGGCAGGGCUUGCUUGGCGCUUGUGUAGAUGUCCUAGAUCUAGGAGUUGUCCUGAAGUCCUCCAAAAUGGACGUUUUAUACUCUGAUCAGCUCAUGUGAAGGUUCUAUGAAUCUGGGUGAAGCCUGGCAGCUCGCUGACAGCUCGGUGCUUUUGUCGUAAGUGUGAACUGCAGCUUGCUUGUUGAGUGCUUGAUGGACGGUGGCCAUCUGUCUCCCUAUGUCCUCAUACAUGUAAAUAACUUUUUAAAAAGUCGUUAAGAACCAUCUGAUUUUGACAUAUUUCAUUUAGCCCAGGCUAUCCUUGAACUUGUGAGGUAGUUGAGAGUGAUCCCGAGUGAUCCCGAACUCCUGAUCCAAGUUCUGGGGUUACGGGCGCGGAGCACUACACUCAGGCUUAUGUUGUUGUAUGUGGAAAAGCAGGCUGAGGGCCUGGGAAUGCUAGGCAAGAGCAGCCCAACUGGAGCGCGUCCGCACCCACACUCACCGCUGCCUGCCGCUCGCCUCUCCUGCAGGUCUGCACCGCUACGUCUGGCUGGUGUAUGAGCAGGAGCAGCCUCUGAACUGUGACGAGCCCAUCCUCAGCAACAAGUCUGGAGACAACCGCGGCAAGUUCAAGGUGGAGUCCUUCCGCAAGAAGUACCACCUGGGAGCCCCGGUGGCCGGCACGUGCUUCCAGGCAGAGUGGGAUGACUCUGUGCCCAAGCUGCAUGAUCAGCUGGCUGGGAAGUAGGGGCGCUGCAGAGCCCGCAGCCCCGGGGACCCCACAGUACAGUCAAGUCGUAUAAAGCAUGUGCUGUGGGGUGUCCCCCCACGCCCAUCCUUCCUUCCCACCCUCUCAUAGGGAGUUCUCAGUUGUGCUAGGUUACAGCUCUAGGAUGUCUUCCACUUUGUCCAGGACCAGGCCCAGUAACAUCUUUUGGGGUGGGCUUAUCAAUCCUCCCAUCUCGGCUGAGCCCUGACCGCCCAGGUCAGAUGGCUGCAUAGUUAUCAAUAUUCCUGGGCUGCUGCUCAGCAGUGCUGCUGUGUGGAGGCCAGGCUGUGGAGAGAGACCCUGUUAGCCCCUUACAUCCCAGUGGGAUAAGCAAAGGUCACCGGAGUUGCUGGGCGUGUUAAACCUCAUCAAAUACAAAUAAAGGGCAUUGCAUUCAGA